AUGGCUUGUAAGAUCAAAGGCAUCUACAAAGGAUUCAAAUCAAUUUCCCAUUUGUUUGUUGUGAAGAAGACCGAGAUGGAAAUUGGGCUCCCCACAGAUGUUAUACAUGUGGCACACGUUGGUGCCGAUAACUCUUCCACUAGUGCUCCCAGUUGGAUGAAUGAAUUCAAGCUUGGUCCUUAUAAAACAGCAGAAUCAACCGGCAACACCAUAGUUUCUCAUCCUAUAGCUCUUUCAGCACUGUCCUCUCAAGGUAUUGAUCAAUCAGUAGGAUCUGAACCAGAAACAGAGAAUACGGGAAAACAGUCUUGCACUGAUCUUUCAAAUGUUACGGAGAAACGAAAAAGGAGAAGGAAGAACACUUCCAUUGCUGAGUCUUCUUCCUCGAAAUCUCAACGAUUGUCAAAGACGAAGGAAACAUCUACUCAAUUGGGUAUUGAUCAAUCAACGGGAUCUGGACCAGAAGCAGAGAAGAUGAGAAACCAGUCUUGCAUUGAUCUUCCAAAUGUUAGGGAGAAAAGAAAAAGGAGAAGCAAGAGAACUUCCACUUCUGAGUCAUCUUCCUCGAAAUCUCAACGAUUAUCGAAGACGAAGGAAACAUCUACUCAAUUAGAUAUUGAUCAAUCAAUGGGAUCUGAACCAGAAACAGAGAAGAUGAGUAACCAAUCUUGCAUUGAUCUUCCAAAUGUUGCAGAGAAACGAAAAAGAAGAAGAAAGAGCUCUUCCAUUGCUGACUCUUCUUCUUCGAAAUAUAAACGAUUAUCCAAGAUGAAGAAAAUAUCUUCUCAACUGGAUAUUGAUCAAUCAAUGGGAUCUGAACCAGAAACAGAGAAAACGAGAAACCAGUCUUGCAUUGAUCCUCUAAAUGUCACGGAAAAACGAAAAAGAAAGAAGAGAACUUCCCUUGCCAAGUCUUCUUCCUCCAAAUCUCGACCAUUAUCAAAGACGAAGGCAACAUCUACUCAAUUGGGUUCGUCAUCUACUCAAUUCGGUUCAUCACCAGACAUUAAAAUAUAG